CUGCGCAUCAGAGUUUUUCGCAUAGCAUACCGUUACAUGACUUUCGCCAGUUUCGCCAAGAGAAGUUGGAAAACACAAACCAAACACUAUUCCACCAACCGUAUAACUGUAUUUCGAAUAAUAUUGGGUGAUUCGCUUUGGGUGUGUUGAUGAUUGCAGUUCCCUAAGUGUUACUUUGCUGUACAGUAAUAUUGGUGUUCAUUUUGCAGUGGGAGACAGCACAGUGCAUCACCUGACAUCACCGAUAAACUCUUCAGAGCACUCUACACUCAAGAAAAAAAAAUCAUCCUCCCACCACAAUCAUAACAUGAAGACUCUCGAAGAGACACACUACGUCCAGUCAUUGGAAGAAUUCAUCAAGAGAUGCGACCAGGAACCGGUGACGUUGAACUGGAUCCGAGCCAAGAUGCCACCGCUCCUCAAGGCCGCCCAAUGGCCCGUCAAGACGGCCGAGGUUGUCCGGGUCAUCGGGGUUGGCUCCGGGAAUGGUAUCAUGGAUGUAGACGUCUUGAAAAAUGUUGUCAAGGAGUGUCCGGAAAACCCUCUGCAUUGCGUGGGAAUCGAACCCAACCCAGACGAACUGACACGAUACAAGAAAAGGGCUGCGGCUGAUAAGGACAUCCCUCAUGCCAGAACGACCUUCGAGUGGCAUAACAAAAUCUCAGAGGAUUUUGAGAUGUUAUUACCUAAUGCGCCAGACUGUCGGUAUCACCUGAUCCACAUGUUCCAGAUGUUGUAUCACGUGCGUGACAUGGAGGAGACCAUUUUGAAUUAUAUGGAUAAACUGGUGGAGGGCGGUCUAAUGGUUAUAACGAUUGCCUCAAAAGAUGGAAACGAUCUCCUGCAGGCCUUUGAGGAUUACGAAGCCACCCUUCCAGACAUCCAGGAACUCCCCGCCCAGAACAAGAAGAGGUACAGCGACGACGUCUUGCCGAUCCUCCGUCGCCACGGCAUCCACUUCCGCCUGGAGAACGUCUCGUACAAAGUAGACGUGUCGGAGUGCUUCGUCAAGACGUCCAAGGCCGGGAAACUUCUCUUGGACUUUAUAUGCCUGACCAACGCCACCCGUGUCUACCAGAGCCUGGCCGAGGGCAACCGGAGCGCGCUGCUCAACAGCCUCAGUAACUACUGCGAAUACGCGAGCAAGGGAGAAAUGAAGCUGACGUUGACAUUUGAUUGUAUCACUUUCUUUAAGGGGGGUGAUGCGUGUGUUAAAAACGGCACGAAUUGAAAACCGAACAGAGGCCUUCAUUAUGUGAACAAGUAUAUUAAUAAUACAAAAUGGUGUAGGGAUUAAAUCUUGGUAAUAAUCCUCUAAGAUGAGAAGGGCUAUCCUUUUGACUAAUGGUUUGCACAUGACGUCGUAGAGCAAAUUCUAGUGGGCACAAAUAGACGACCCGUGGUUGACUACUGUCAUGUCCAGCAACGUACAUGCGCAGUGACGCACUCACUCGUACGACUCAUUUGAAAGUCUAGUCAACCUUUCGCCUUUUCACUAUAGUGUCACUGAUCCCCCCUCUGCGCUUUACACAUGUUUGAAGGAAACCCUCUGUUGGGACCAGUGAAUAAACCAUGGGCUCGAGGCUGGUUCCAAAAUAAUGGUCGACCACAGUAGUCAACCAAUGGUCGACCAGCCUGGGUUCGAGUGCAAAUGGUAAACCUUUAGUUAAUCAUUGUGCACACUCGAACUUACUCUUUUACCAUCAUAUUAUUUGGAAAUAAACGUGCACACGUGAAGUACUUUCAGUGGCUCAGAGUUAUACACAGCGUAUACACAAUGCAUUCCUGCCUUGUUUAUCAUCAAAUAUGGCGGUCGAAGACGUCGCUUGCAAUCCAUCUAUUUCCUGUUCUCUUGACUCCAUGCAAAAGUGGAACGCACAUCUGCAAAAAAUGUUGGUCUACCCGUGUCCAACCAUUUCAUAAAUAAAUUCCUUGUUUAGGUUUUGACUUCUAAAAUGGCGGCCAGGAUAGGCAUGUGUGUGGUGAAUAGACCCUUCUCAUUAUACUUAUUACAAUACAAACCACCAUGGCAAUACUGACAAUAAUGAUGAGUUUUAGUGCUUUGUAAAAUCGGGCCGCCGAUGUGCACUAAAACAGAUGCACAAACGCGUUUGCGUCACAUGCCAUCAUCACCUGGAUCACUCAUAUACUGGGUUCGUUACUGGGUGCGUUCGAUUAGCUUCCCUUUGUCGACCCCGCGAUGCUUAUUCGGGUGAGCCACUGACAAAAGCUAAUCGAACGAGUACUCACCCUAUCGUGGUCACGUCUACACCUGGGGACAGCCUCAAGUGACCCACUCCACAAGCAGGGCCACUUGGGGCUGACCCGGGUGAGCCCCUGGAAUGACGUCGAAGCUAUUCGAACGUAUACCGGGGGCAUAUCGGGUCGACCCAGGGAAGCUAAUCAAACGCACCCAGAGUUAUAACUCUAAGGGAUCCCCAUACAAAAUGGCGUGAUGUCCCUUCAUUUUGCCUACCAAAGUGUUAGCGCGCACGCGUGUUGUGUAAUUUACAUAUUUCGUGGGAAGGGUUUAUUGUGCGCCAUGCACGAAGGGUCAAUACAAAGAAGGUGGGCGUUGAAGAAUACGAGACUUUCCAACGCUAGGUGGCAGCAGACUUACCGGGUAAUUGUCCAUUGAUUUCGUAGUUCUGAACAUGCG